AUGAGUUAAGAAAUUCAAUAAUUUAGAGCAACAUUACCAAUAAAUGAAUUCAAAUAAGAGAUUUUGAAAUAAGCUUUAGAGAAUACAUUUAUAAUCAUAACAGGUGAUACAGGUUCUGGUAAAUCGACAUAAUUGCCAUAGUAUUUAUUGGAUGAUGAGGAAUUUCGAUUAAAUAUAUGUGAAAGAAGAAAAAAGUUUAUGGAAGAAUAAGUAGACGAGAAAGAAUAAUAAAAAGUUUAAGGAUUUUUGUCGAAGAGAUAGAAAGCAUUUGUUGCAGAGGAUAGAAGAAAUUCAAGUGAUUUAAAGAUAGUAGUAACAUAACCAAGAAGAAUGGCAGCAAUAUCAAUGGCUAAAAGAGUUGCAUUUGAAAGAAAUGUAUAAGAAUAUAUUAAUAUAUAAAAAUAGUAAAACUUAGGUAUAGAGGUAGGAUAUUCAAUAAGAUUUGAUAAUUCCACUACAAAUACUACUUAAUUAAGAUAUGUAACUGAUGGUAUAUUAGUGAGAGAAUGUUUAUAAGAUAAGGAUUUGACAGGAUAUGAUGUAGUAAUUUUGGACGAAGCUCACGAAAGAUCUCUUUAUACAGAUGUGUUAUUUGCAUUAGUAAAGACAGCAGCAAUAAGAAGGAAAGGAAGUUUAAAAGUAAUCAUAACAUCAGCAACUUUAAAUAUAAAUAUAUUUAAGAAUUAUUUUUAAGGUUGUCCAUAUGUAAAAGUUCAUGGUAAAUCAUUUCCUGUUGAAGUGAAAUAUUCAGAACAUAAUAUAAAUUAAUAAAAAAGAAAUCAUGAUGCUGUAAAUGCAGCCAUAAGAAUGCAUUUACAUGAAGGUCCUGGAGAUAUAUUAGUAUUUUUACCUGGAAGUGAAGACUGUGAAAUUUGUAGAAAGUUUUGUUAUGAGAGAUUGGCAGAAGUAUUAAAUUCAGGAGUUGAAGUUCCUAGUGUUUUGUUAUAUACUUUGUAUGGUAGUUAAACUUCAGAGGAUUAAAGUCAAGUAUUUUAGAGAGCUGAUGAACAUACAAGAAAAAUAAUAUUUUGUACAAAUAUAGCUGAAACUUCAUUGACUAUCGAUAAUAUAGGAUUUGUUGUAGAUACUGGAUAUGUUAAAUAAAAAGUUUACAAUCCUAGAACUGGUAUGGAUUCUCUUAUCAUUUAACCAAUAUCUAAAACUUAAGCUAUUUAAAGAACUGGUAGAGCAGGUAGAACUUAACCUGGAAAAUGCUAUAGAUUAUUUUCUAAAUAAUUUUAUGAAUCACUUUCCGAACAUACUACUGCGGAAAUUAUGAGGGUUAAUUUAGCGUCUGUUAUGUUAUUAUUAAAAUCUAUGGGAAUUGAUGAUGUAGUUAGAUUUGAAUUUAUGGAAUAACCUACUUAAGAAGCUAUUCUAUAAUCACUAAGAUAAUUAUAUUUAAUAUAAGCAAUCGAUGAAGAUGGAUAUAUUACUCCUAUGGGUUAUGAAAUGUCUAGAUAUCCUUUAGAACCUAGUUAUGCUAAAGCAUUAAUUACUGCUAAAAUGAUGGAAUGUUCUAAUGAAAUGAGUGCUAUUGUUGCUAUCUUAUCAACAGAAAGUAUCUGGUAAAGAAUUACUAGAGUUGAUGUUGAUGGAUAUUAAAAAUUACAAGAAAUUCAAUCUUAACAUGCUGAUCAAGCUGGAGAUCAUUUAAGUUUACUUAAAAUAUUCUCUGAAUGGAAGUAAGCUACAUUUAAUGAAUAAUUUGCCAAAGAUACUCUAUUAAAUUUGAGAUCUCUAAGAUAAGCAGAUAAUAUUCGUUAAUAAUUAUAAUAAUUAGUAGAAGCAACUAGUAAAAAGAAAUGCUUAUAAUUUUAUGAACAUGAUUCACUUUAUAAAUUAUUUAGAAAAUAAAAGGAUUCGAAAAAAUGGAAUAUUAAUGAAAGUAUUAAGUUAGCAUUGUGUUCUGGAUUUUAUUUUAAUACUGCACGUAAAAUGCAUAAUGGUGAAGAUACAUAUCUAAUGGUAUAUCCUGAAGGAACUGUUGUAGAUACAGAUACUUAAAGUGUCUACUCAGUUAUCUAAUAAUAUCCUGAAACUGUUAUUUUUACUGAAUUAGGAGGAACAUCCUAAGUAAGAGGAGUUAUGAAGUUAAUUAGUGAAAUUAAUAUCGAUUGGGUUAAACCUUACUUCUCAAAUAUGGUGAAAGUAUAAUAUUCAUAUCAAUCUUAGGUUGAUUUAUUUAAAUUGGCAAGAAUUGAAUUCUAAUAAAGAGGUAGGGAUGCUGUAUAAGAAAGAAGAUAAAAAAAAUUGCAUGAAUAAGAAAAGUAAAAAGAAUAAGAAGAAAAAUUAAAAUUAGAAAAACACUAAUUAUACAAAGCUAGAUUUGAAUAAAGAAAAAAAGUUAAAAUGUGAAUAGGAU